GCGGCGGCGGCCGCCCAGCAGCCCGGGCUCGGGUGGGGGGGCGCCGAGUGGGGGUGGCGGCCAGCAUGCUGCUCGGCUGCGGCUCGGCCUCCCACACCCGCGGCGCCCUUGUCCUCACCAGCAGCGGCGGCGGCAGAGCAGCGAGCGGCGCCCGCGUCUGCAGCGGCGCCGGGUCCGAGCGCGCGGCGCGGCGGUGGGGGUCGGGGCCCGGGCGGGGAGCGGGGACCGGGCAUGGCGCUGCGGAGAGGCGGCUGCGGGGCGCUCGGGCUGCUGCUGCUGCUGCUGGGCGCCGCGUGCCUGAUCCCGCGGAGCGCGCAGGUGAGGCGGCUGGCGCGCUGCCCCGCCACUUGCAGCUGUACCAAGGAGUCCAUCAUCUGCGUGGGCUCAUCCUGGGUGCCCAGGAUCGUGCCGGGCGACAUCAGCUCCCUGAGCCUGGUAAAUGGGACGUUUUCAGAAAUCAAGGACCGAAUGUUUUCCCAUCUGCCCUCCCUGCAGCUGCUAUUGCUGAAUUCUAACUCAUUCACCAUCAUCCGGGAUGACGCUUUCGCUGGACUUUUUCACCUUGAAUACCUGUUCAUUGAAGGGAACAAAAUAGAAACCAUUUCGAGAAAUGCCUUUCGUGGCCUCCGUGACCUGACUCACCUUUCUUUGGCCAAUAACCACAUAAAAGCACUACCAAGGGAUGUCUUCAGUGAUUUAGACUCUCUGAUUGAACUAGAUUUGAGGGGUAAUAAAUUUGAAUGUGACUGCAAAGCCAAGUGGCUAUACCUGUGGUUGAAGAUGACAAAUUCCACCGUUUCCGAUGUGCUGUGUAUUGGUCCACCAGAGUAUCAGGAAAAGAAGCUAAAUGAUGUGACCAGCUUUGACUAUGAAUGCACAACUACAGAUUUUGUUGUUCAUCAGACUUUACCCUACCAGUCGGUUUCAGUGGAUACGUUCUACUCCAAGAAUGAUGUGUACGUGGCCAUCGCGCAGCCCAGCAUGGAGAACUGCAUGGUGCUGGAGUGGGACCACAUCGAAAUGAAUUUCCGGAGCUAUGACAACAUUACAGGUCAGUCCAUCGUGGGCUGUAAGGCCAUUCUCAUCGAUGAUCAGGUCUUUGUGGUGGUAGCCCAGCUCUUCGGCGGCUCUCACAUUUACAAAUACGACGAGAGCUGGACCAAGUUUGUCAAAUUCCAAGACAUAGAGGUCUCUCGCAUUUCCAAGCCCAAUGACAUCGAGCUGUUUCAGAUCGACGACGAGACGUUCUUUGUCAUCGCAGACAGCUCGAAGGCUGGUCUAUCCACAGUUUAUAAAUGGAACAGCAAAGGAUUCUAUUCUUACCAGUCACUGCACGAGUGGUUCAGGGACACGGAUGCGGAGUUUGUUGAUAUCGAUGGAAAAUCGCAUCUCAUCCUGUCCAGCCGCUCCCAGGUCCCCAUCAUCCUCCAGUGGAAUAAAAGCUCUAAGAAGUUUGUCCCCCAUGGUGACAUCCCCAACAUGGAGGACGUACUGGCUGUGAAGAGCUUCCGAAUGCACAAUACCCUCUACCUUUCCCUUACCCGCUUCAUCGGGGACUCCCGGGUCAUGAAGUGGAACAGUAAGCAGUUUGUGGAGAUCCAAGCUCUUCCAUCCCGAGGGGCCAUGACCUUGCAGCCCUUUUCUUUUAAAGAUAAUCACUACCUGGCCCUGGGGAGUGACUAUACAUUCUCUCAGAUAUACCAGUGGGAUAAAGAGAAGCAGCUAUUCAAAAAGUUUAAGGAGAUUUAUGUGCAGGCGCCUCGUUCAUUCACAGCUGUCUCCACCGACAGGAGAGAUUUCUUUUUUGCAUCCAGUUUCAAAGGGAAAACAAAGAUUUUUGAACAUAUCAUUGUUGACUUAAGUUUGUGAAGGUGUGGUGGGUGAAACUAAAAGACAUGCAGCAUUAGCUCUUGCAAGAGAGGACCAAGAAAAGUCAACAAACAAAUCAAAGUCAGGCUCAGAGCUCUGAAAUUAAAAAGCACUGAAAUAGUUAGAGGUUUUCAAACUUUUAGAACUCACAUUUUAAUCAGGGAUUGCAUUUAUUGGCUAACUGCAUGACAUGCCCAUUCUACCAUUUAAAAAAACAUCUUAAAGCCUGUAAUUUCUGAGAAAAGAGUACAGCAUUUACUCUUAUCAUCUAGAAAUGUAAUAUGCUUUUUUUCCCCCUUUUUAAUGAGGGAGAAGAAAAUUGGAUAAGAUGGGACAGCUCUUAUAAUGAAAUAAAAAAACAAACUUUGGCCGGGCGCGGUGGCUCACGCUUGUAAUCCCAGCACUUUGGGAGGCCGAGGCGGGCGGAUCAUGAGGUCAGGAGAUCGAGACCACAGUGAAACCCCGUCUCUACUAAAAAUACAAAAAAAAAAUUAGCCGGGCGUGGUGGCGGGCGCCUGUAGUCCCAGCUACUCGGAGAGGCUGAGGCAGGAGAAUGGCGUGAACCCGGGAGGCGGAGCUUGCAGCGAGCCGAGAUUGCGCCACUGCACUCCAGCCUGGGCGACAGAGCGAGACUCUGUCUCAAAAACAAAAAACAAAAAACAAACUUUGAGCCCCUCUCAUUCCAUUUUAGCAAUCUUUUUGGUAAGAACUCUUAAAGCCAAAAGUCAGCUGAAAAGAUUUGCUGAUUAUUAGUUUAAAAAUCUUGUAACACUCAGCAGUGCUAUUUUGAGUCAUCCCAGUUUCCUGAAAGUAAUGCCCAGUCUUCCUGAAUCCUCCUUAAUAGCAGAACCUUGGUGAUUUUGUUGGCUCAUAUGAAUGCUUGUCAUGGAUAUGUUAACAAUUUAAUGUUUGACAUUGCUUCCUCUGCCACAAAGACAAUAUUCUGGUGACACAUGUCUAGACCCAGCACAGGCUGUAGGCCCAGGAACGACUCAAAGGAGUUUUUCCCUCUUUCUUAUGGUUCAAAGCUGACCCUGGUGGUGGCCAGAGCAGUAAUGCUUGUUUGAUGCUCUUCAUGGCUCAUCUGCUUCUCGGAACCCACCCAUUGAGUUUGUGGGUAACCAGCAGAUAGGCCAAAGACUGAAUGGUGCUUUUAAUUUCAUCCUUUAGAGGCAUGAAACAGUUAUUUCCGUCUGAUGAGCAUUCGGUAAAAUUUUUGAAGUGAGAUUUUACGAAGUCAAAGGGGACUUUAUACAGAUCUCAACGUGCUUUGAAACCUAGAGGUGGCCCUUUGAUUUGUGCAUGUCCUUGCCCUCUGGACAACUUAAUAUUUCAAGUAAUCGAAUACCAACUUCCCUGCCAGCCCACCUGCCUUCCGCCCCGCUUGUGUAACAGUCCCGUUUUGUUGAGUUGCUAUUGCAGCUGCCAGUGCAGCCCACACCAAAUCACAACCCAAGAUACUCAGAUAGGAAGACUCCUUCCUCUCCCAGUACUUUACCAAAGGAAACCCCCCCAGGACCCACAUACUCACUGGGGGCCAUGUGUUGGCAGUGGAAUCAGCCUGUGCAGGCUGGGGAUCUCAGGCGGAUCAGUAGGGGCCAGCUUUGCAGCCAGCCAAGCUGAACCCCACACUCCAGGUCUGUGCUCAAGAGAACAGAUGGUGUAUUUCCAAAUGGGCCUCUCUGGUAUGGGCAAUAGGGAAGCUCCUGGGGUCUGGUUAUGUGGAAGAUUCUUAGUGGAUGUUCCGCCUGGUUAGCUGGUUCUCUUCAGAGAAUACAAAGUGAAUGCCUUUAGGGGUAGCUCUGAAAGAGAUACCCAACAACUUCAUUCCUAGCCAUGAAAGUAGCACGAUCAUAUUGCACUGUAUUGUUAUUGUAAAAUGAGUAUUUGCCAUGUCAUGAGUAGGUAGAUGUUUUGCCACAAAUAUGAAUGUGUUUGUUGUUUCCUGACUUUAAGCAAUGAAGAUUGAGACAAUAAAUAGCGCUCAGAGAAUGAAGCAUUGAUGUUACAUCAGCACUCUUGGGUACAUUCUGGGACUGUAGGCUGAGGCUUCCAGCCUCAGAAACCACGGAUUUUAAUGAACGAACUCACCCACACAUAGUAGUGUUGUUACUUGAAACUUCUACAAAAUACCAAGCAAACAGGAGAAAAGUGGUUUGUUUUCAUUUUUAAGUGCAAAUUACUUUUCUUCUGCAUUUUUUUUUUUUUUUUUUUUUGCCUUCUUGGUUUCUUUGAACAGGCUACAAAUGCCCAGGUCCCCCCAUUGGAAGCUGAAAGGGGAAGAGCUCUGCCAUUCCUCCAGCCCUAAAGAUGGCAAGCUAUUCUUUCUGUUGCAUGGAACCCCUCAGACAAACCUGGGCAGAAAAAUGGGUACUUGGCAAACUGUGGGAGAUAUUUAGACAGUCCCAGCAACUAUGCCAGAUCAAAGUGAUGUUCCCAAUUCCAGCCACCUGUAGGGAUGGCAAGGUGGCAUCUCUUCACAGUGUUGCCACUGCAGAGAGGUAUCACAUUCCCAGCUGUACCUCUGAGGGUAAAUGAGCGACUGACCCCCUGCACUCACUAUUCUGGUCACAUUGCCAGAUUCUGGGAAACCAGGAAACACAGGACGCUGGGCUUAGGAUGGGGAGAGCUGUUGAGCCCAGAUGGGGAAUUAGGAGGUGAAAGAACGAUCUAAACAGGUGAUGGGUAGGGUGUGAGAAGUGGGUGACCCACUCAACUGCAAUCGGGUUUUCCUUUUUUAUAAUGUUAUUUUAUACAAGACUAAAGCCUGCAGUCUACAGAGCGCCUAUGCUGUGGGAGGAGAUAUUUGUUCUGGCCAACUUACUAAAGGAGCAUAGAUGUUCUUGGCACAGGGUGGCGAAAUCUUUGCUUCAUUAAUCUUACUGCUCCAUCCCAAGAAUCCCUGAAGUUUUAAACAAUUUCUGCAAGAAGCAUUAUUCCAGUAAUAAUGUAAAACAAAAAACCAACCAAGCAACAGCAAAAAUGCAAAGCAGAGAAAUAUGUGGACCGUCCCCAGUGGAGAUCAGCUUGAAGGAGGGGGCAGAUCUUUCUUCUACUUUCCCUCCCAUCACCCACUGGGUGGUCGUCUGCUCAGCUUGUUUCUUCUUUAUGAACUCUGUGGCUAGGCUCCUGGACUGAACCCUCUGUGCAGCCAUGUGGCUUUAAGGCCUUUCCUUAAAGGGGGCUUGUCCCCAUACUUCAUAGGGUCGGGAAUGAGUCUAUUAUCAAGACUCCAAAAAUAAAUCUUAGACAUGAAGAGCACUGUGUUAUUGGACAGUGGAUGGUAAGGCCACCUCACAUUUAGCAAAGCUUUAUAUUUUUCCAAUGCACAUUAGUAUUCGCCUCAUUUGUUCAUAAAUAGCUCUGAAGUUUAUUGCAGGGCAGGUGUUAUUCUAAUUUCAGAGAGAAGGAAAUAGACAUGAAAACUAUAUAAAUUGCCCGCCAUGGUUAUCCAAUAGGGACUGGCAAAGCAAGAACUUUCCCUCUGAUCGGCAGACAUUGUAUUUUCUUUCUAAGACAGACACCCUGCUAUACUCUCCCGGAGAAAGACUUUCAUUUCUAGCAUGAUUUUGAAUUUGGCAGCACCUUGAGACAAAGUAAAAAGUGCAAUAAAAUAUGCAUAGCCAGGGCCGGGCGCGGUGGCUCACGCUUGUAAUCCCAGCACUUUGGGAGGCCGAGGCGGGCGGAUCAUGAGGUCAGGAUAUCGAGACCACGGUGAAACCCCGUCUCUACUAAAAAUACAAAAAAAAUUAGCCAGGCGUGGUGGCGGGCGCCUGUAGUCCCAGCUACUCGGAGAGGCUGAGGCAGGAGAAUGGCGUGAACCCGGGAGGCGGAGCUUGCAGUGAGCCGAGAUCACGCCACUGCACUCCAGCCCGGGCGACAGAGCGAGACUCCAUCUCAAAAAAAAAAAAAAAAAAAAAAAAAAGAAAAUGCAUAGCCAGAGGAAAAAUCACACUGAAUAGACAUCAUUCAAUCAACUGGUCCAUUUAACAAUGAACAAACAUGCAAUUACAUGCCCCACUCUUUUUACAAGCAAGGCCCCACUCUUGAAAGUGGUCCAGAAAUUUUGAAUAGUUUUCUGUUGUUGUAAGGAGGAUAUCUAGCUGGUCUGGUUAUUUCUCCCCCCGCAUAGCUAUGGGAAGGAUGUUGAGGUUGAGACACAUCUGGUUCUUGUCACAUUGUCCACCAGAUAAACAAGAAGAGAUCUGUGAAGGAAAAAUUCAAAACCUGAAAGCACGAGUGGUGAUGAAUUGCUCUCGGCCAUCAUCAGCCUUCAGGGAGCACACUGGAAAUGGCAGAGUUGCAUUUUUCUUCCCCAUGGAGUGAGAGUCUGUGUAUUUUUAGGAAAGAAAUCAGCGUGGGAUGCCAGAGGUUUGGCGGUCAGGAAUGCUCAUGGUGGAAAUUUCUCUGGCCUGGGGUAUAAUGAAGGGGAUAUGAAGAUCUGCAGGAGGGGAGUCUAUUUGCCUGCCACCUAAAGAAAAUCUCUUAGGCUUCCUGAUUCUUCCGCAGAGGUAUCAGCCUCUCCUUUGCAGCUGCGGAAGGAAGGAAGUUCUUUAAUUAGGCAGUGGCCAAAGAUUCUGUUCAACAGCUUCCUGGAGUGGAAUACAAUAAUCUAGUUGUAUGCAAUGACGCAAUUAGAAAGUGGUCCGGAUUUGGGUGGCAAUGGAAGGGGAAUGGCAAAGUGGGCAGAUGGCUCUGGAGGAAACUUGGGAAAGUAAAAACAAACUGGAAGAAAAGGAAAAAAGGAUAAUGGUUUCCUUUGCCUCAGCCAGGCAAGCAGAGGGUAGAAUGACCAGGAAAAUUAACAACAUCUCAGUUAUUAAUGAAGAGAACCAACUGUAAUGUCAUUCAAAUAAGAAGCAUAUUGUAAAGCUACUGAGAUCUAAACCAAGUUAUUAUUAUCCUUACUGUAUUCCAUUGCUUGUAUCAAAAUCUACUUUUUUUCCAGUAGGAAACUAUGCAUUCCCUAUCAGUCCCUUUGAUUAUCAGGAAUGUAUAAGAAUUGUGAUAAAAUAGGCCAAUAUGCUAUUUGGUACCAUUUGUAUGUAUUUUAAAUGCAUAACCUAGGUAAAAUCAGAAUAGUUUCUAUGUGUAAAGAAGCAAGUUUUACAGUAUGCAGACUACAGUGGAUGUAUUUUAGGCUGUAUACAUAUUUAGCUCUUUUUGGUAAAUAGGGUGUACAAACUAUAUGCCUCUUAAUUCAAUAUAUUCAGUAAGCCUAUGAAUAAAAAGUGGUUCAUGCCUAA